CACCCUUCUUUAGUAGAUAAAUAAAGGUUGGUGUGUCAUCCUUCCCGUCAUCAAAAAAGAUCCUUAUAUCAACUUAUAUCAACUCUUAUUUAACUCUGUGACAAUGCCUGCUUCAGUGACCGUUUUAUGCCCUAAUGGCCGAAGAGCAGUCGUCAAAGUCUCUCCAAAUACAAGUAUUUUACAGAUAAUUGAAGAUGCAUGUAAAAAACAUGGGUUCAAUCCUGAUCAGUAUGACCUCAAACAUCUACGACGAGUUCUGGAUACAAGUAGUUCAAUGCGGUAUUCAGGACUGCCAAAUAAUUGUCAACUUGAGUUGAUUGAGUCAGCAGUACCUCGAACGGCAUCAAGUGUGACAGUGAACAUUGCUACAGAUGAUGGAGUUAGACUUGUUCAUGACUUUCCUGCCACUUCAUCCCUGUGGGAUAUCCUGAAGCAUCAUGAAGAGUCUGGCCAUGCGGGCCGUCUCAUCCCCUCUCCUGAGGAUGGGCGAGAACCAGUGAUUGUCUACACAAUGCGCAGAAUCAGCGGCCAAGACCUAAAGACCACGACGCUCAAAUCCCUUGGUCUUACCUCAGGGAAAUGCAUGCUGAGGCACAGCAUUCAGUCAGUGUCUUCCAAUACCCAAGCUCAUGUUGCGAAACCUCUCACUCGGCCAAAGGUUCAGCAACAAGAUGAAGACCAGGAAGUUGCUCAAAAACCACAGAGUGCCCCAGAAGUAGCAAUGGAGCAUCAAGCUGGACCAUCUCGCCGUCCACAGCCUGAAUCAUCGAGGCAGCCUCCGCCCCCUGAACAACCAGCUGAACCUCCUUUGCAAGUGCUCCCUCCACAGAUGGACAGGGCAGGGCAACAACAUGUGGAUUUGGUGCCUAGCAGGGGACCUGAUCUCGUGAGCUCAAGUCAGAGUGGGGUGCCAGAUCUGGUUCAGUCGCAGAACAAUGUUGCUCAGCCAGAUGUGGUGACUGAGGGAGGUGGUCAGAUGGAUUCUCCUGCCCCCAUGGACCUGAUUGAAGGCCAUGAUGCUGCCUCUUCGUCACAGCAAGAGAUGGACUUGGAGCCGUCAUCCUCAGAAGCUUGUGAAAAAGUUAUUAAGUUUGGCUCCCAUGAUGCAGUCCUCUUCAGUAUGGAUGAUGCUCCACCGACCAGACUUCAGGAUGAAGGCGAUGCAUUCUUUGAGCUGUCUGUGAAUGAAGUGAAAAACCUCUAUUGUGAACAGCAACGGAUUCUGAAAGAACUAAAUGAAACACCCUUAAUGACACAGCAAAUGAGAGAAAUGGAAGAAAGUGCAAAAGUUCUAUCUGCACUGAACCAGUACCCAGUGACUCAGUUGCGGAUAUAUUUUCCUGACAAUUAUGUGAUUCAGGCAUCGUUUAAGCCCAUUGAUACUAUUUCAAGUGUACAAGAUUUUGUCCGACCACUGCUUGCAAACCCAGCCUCAGAGUUCAGUCUUUGGUUGAGACAUCCACAUCGAAUGUUGGCCACAGACCUAACACUUGUUGCUGCAGACUGUGUCCCAAAUGCAAGGAUCUAUUUUGAGGCAGUUGGGUCAGGUCCUCCAUAUCUCAAUGAUGAAACUCUCUCCAAAAAGUCUUCAUUUAGUGGUGCUGCCCAUAAUGUUGUUAAGAGAAAGCAGCACACACAGAAUAGAGCAUUUUUAGGAGGUGGCCACUCCCUAACAGCAGAGCCAAGCCAAGCAGCUUCAACAAGCCGGGAAGCUGGGGAAUGCAGUCAGAGCAAGAGAACUAAUGCCAAUUUCAGAGCAACAGGAGCUACACCUAAGGUUCCAAAGUGGUUUAAGACAGGAAAAUGAUGAUGCAAACUCCAGCAUAGGUCUGAUUCAAUGAAGUCAACACUAUAGAGGCCAUCACUUUUUACCAACGAAUGCAAUAAUUGUUGGUCACAUACGGGGAAAGAUAGAAAGAGUAUUUACCAGGAAGUUUUAUUUCUACUGUAAAUCUAUUUAGUAUUUUUUCUGUAAAUGAGUGAAAAAAAUGGCACUUGGCAGCUUUUUUUAUUUUAGGAUGAUAUUACAUUACUUGUGAAGAAUUUCACCUAUUAAAUUACCUGUUGUAUUUGAUCUGUCAAGAUAAAUCUCCAAGGGAGUGUAAGAUAUACAUAUUACGUUUUUUUCAUUUCUGAUUGUUUUGAUGUGCAGUGUUUUUUCCCCAACUUGAGAACUUUUGAUAUGCUUUUAUUGUGAGAUUAAGGUAUCAGCAAUAUAAACAAGGUAUACUAGAUUCACCUUCAUUUUGUGAAUGAUGUGAUCAUUGUACUGCUGCGCCCCAAACAUUCAGCAAAGAAAAUCAAUGUUUUUGAGCCUUGCUUACUGUUUAUAAGAUAAAGGAAUUAUACUGAUGAUUAAACUUUAUGCCAACAUGAAAAAGCUAGGUUGUAUAUCACUGUUGAAUAAUGUGAAACUUGCCAGCCAAAUAUAUGUUAUUUGUAUACAAA